AUGAAGAAAGCUGGUCAAGAUGUUUAUGCUCUCAAAAGCCAAGGAACUCCAUCUGCAACUGGACCAGUUAAUAGUGGCAUUUCAUGUGAUGGCACAUGGCAAAAGAGAGGUUAUUCCUCACGUAAUGGCUGUGUCACUGAGAUAUCCAUGGACACAGGAAGGGUGCUUGAUCCCCUUGAUGUAGAAGCCCUUAGUCAAGGAUGCAAACAGUGUUAGCGCCAUAAACGCUUGGAUAAAGCUUCUCUUGAAUACCAGACUUGGAGAGCUGAGCAUACCAAGUGCAAAGCAAACUUCCGGGGAUGAGCACCAGCCAUGGAGCCAGAGGGAGCAGAUCGCAUAUUUCAGAGGUCUGUUGAAAAACACAACCUCGGAUACACUGAAUUUUAUGGUGAUGGUGACAGUAAGAGCUUCACAAGGGUGAAAGGAGUUUAUGAAGAUGAUGGAAUAGAAAUGGAAAAGAAGGAAUGCAUUGGUCAUGUCCAGAAGAGAGUGGGAACUGUACUUCGUAAAUUAAAGCGAGAGAACCCAGGCUUAGGAGGCAAGGGUAAACUGACGGAUAGUCAAAUAGACAAACUUCAAAACUACUAUGGCAUAGCCGUAAGAUCAAAUGUUGGAAAUCUUGCUGGCAUGAAGAAAGCAAUUCAUGCUAGCCUAAUGCAUUGUGCAUCCACUGAGCAAUGCCCCCUUCAUGACCACUGCUCAACAGCCAGUGCAAGCUGGUGCCGUUAUCAGCAAGAUAAGGAAAAUCAGACCAAGCUGUACAAACAUUGA